UUGUCACGGAUGGAGAAUAAGCUCAGGCUGCCAUCCGAAAACAGGCCGAGGAAACGCAGAUAAACCCGCCGAACAACAGGCACCGGGACCUGGCUGCACCCGAACCCGAAGCGCGGAAACCGGAUCUGAUUCUCUUCUGAAGGGGGCGUAGAGACAGACGGCAGACAUGGACACCACCACGUCCAUCAAGAUGACCACUCUGGCUAUCCAGAACCUGUUCAGCUACGUGGAGGAGGAGAACCUGGCUGCUCUCAAAGCUCACCUGGACCGCUUCAAGGAGGUGGACGGACGCAGCGACAACGGUCAGACCCCUCUCAUGCUGGCGGCGGAGCAGGGCAGCCUGGAGAUCGUCCAGGAGCUCAUCAGGAGAGGAGCCAACGUCAACCUGGACGACGUGGACUGCUGGUCGGCUCUGAUCAGCGCAGCUAAAGAAGGUCACGUGGACGUGGUGAAGGAGCUGCUGGAGAACAGCGCCUACAUCGAACACAGAGACAUGGGAGGCUGGACGGCUCUGAUGUGGGCCGCUUACAAAGGCCGUAUGGACGUCACCAAGCUGCUGCUGGAGCAUGGAGCUAACCCCAACACUACAGGACAGCAGUACAGUGUGUAUCCGAUCAUCUGGGCUGCAGGUCGAGGACACGCCGACAUCGUCAAACUGCUGCUGCACAACGGAGCUAAAGUCAACUGUUCUGACAAGUAUGGGACCACUCCUCUGAUCUGGGCGUCCAGGAAAGGACACUUUGACUGUGUGAUGCACCUGCUGGAGAACGGGGCCGACGUGGACCAGGAGGGGGCGAACUCGAUGACCGCGCUGAUCGUGGCGGUGAAGGGCGGCUACACCGACGUCGUGAAGGAGCUGCUGAAGAGAAACCCGAACGUCAACAUGACCGACAAAGAUGGAAACACGGCGCUGAUGAUCGCCGCCAAGGAGGGUUACACUGAGAUCGUCCAGGACCUGCUGGACGCAGGGACCUACGUCAACAUCCCCGACCGGAGUGGCGACACAGUGCUGAUCGGAGCAGUGAGGGGGGGUCACGUGGAGAUCGUCAGGGCUCUGCUGCAUAAGUAUGCCGACAUCGACAUCAGAGGACAGGAGAAUAAAACAGCUCUGUACUGGGCUGUGGAGAAAGGAAAUGCCACCAUGGUGAGAGACAUUCUGCAGUGUAACCCUGACACUGAAACCUGCACCAAGGACGGAGAGACUCCUCUGAUCAAAGCCACCAAGAUGAGGAACAUCGAGAUCGUGGAGCUGCUGCUCGAUAAAGGAGCUAAAGUGUCGGCCGUCGACAAGAAAGGAGACACGCCCCUCCACAUCGCCAUCCGCGGGCGGAGUCGCCGCCUGGCCGAGCUCCUCCUCAGAAACCCCAAAGAUGGCCGCCUGCUGUACCGCCCCAACAAGGCCGGGGAGACGCCGUACAACAUCGACUGCAGCCACCAGAAGAGCAUCCUCACGCAGAUCUUUGGAGCUCGUCACCUGUCCCCCACAGAGUCAGACGGGGACAUGCUGGGUUACGAUCUGUACAGCUCUGCACUGGCUGACAUCCUGAGUGAACCCACCAUGCAGCCCCCCAUCUGUGUGGGUCUGUACGCUCAGUGGGGCAGCGGCAAGUCCUUCCUGCUCAAGAAGCUGGAGGAUGAGAUGAAGACAUUUGCCGGUCAGCAGAUCGAGCCGCUGUUUCAGUUCUCCUGGCUUGUCGUCUUCCUGUCUCUGCUGCUCUGCGGCUCCAUUGCCGUCGUCCUCGGCUUCACCGUCGACCCCAAACUCGCCAUGGCAGUCUCCCUCAGCCUGCUGGCUCUGCUCUACCUCUUCUUCGUGGUGGUGUACUUCGGCGGCCGUCGGGAGGGGGAGAGCUGGAACUGGGCGUGGCUGCUCAGCACCCGUCUGGCCCGUCACAUCGGGUAUCUGGAGCUGCUGCUGAAGCUGAUGUUUGUGAACCCGCUGGAGCUGCCGGAGCAGAGCACCAGAGCUCUACCUGUCAGGUUCCUGUUCACGGACUACAACCGUCUGUCGAGCGUGGGCGGAGAAACGUCAAUGGCAGAGAUGAUCGCCACGCUGUCCGACGCCUGCGAGAGAGAGUUCGGUUUCCUCGCCACACGUCUGUUCAGAGUGUUUAAAACCGAGGAGACGCAGGGUAAGAGGAAGUGGAAGAAGACGUGCUGCAUCCCGUCCUUCAUCAUCUUCGUCCUGGUGCUGUCCUGCCUGCUCACCGGCAUGGCGCUGCUGGCCAUCUUUAAGGUGGACGGCGAGAACCGGACGGUGAACGCCGUUCUGAUCGCCAUCGGCAGCGUGGUGGGUCUGGCUCUGCUGCUGAACUGCAGGACGUGGUGGCAGGUGACCGACUCGGUGCUGAACUCCCAGAGGAAGCGGCUGCACGGCGCCGCCAACAGGAUGCACAAGCUGAAGAGCGAAGGCUUCAUGAAGGUGCUGAAGAACGAGGUGGAGCUGAUGGCGAGGAUGGCGAAGACCAUCGACAGCUUCACGCAGCAUCAGACGAGGCUGGCGGUCGUCAUCGACGGCCUGGACUCGUGUGAACAGGACAAGGUUCUGCAGAUGCUCGACACGGUGAGGGUCUUGUUCUCCAAAGGCCCCUUCAUCUCCAUCUUUGCCAGCGACCCUCACAUCAUCAUCAAAGCCAUCAACCAGAACCUGAACAGCGUCCUCAGAGACUCCAACAUCAACGGACACGACUACAUGAGGAACAUCGUCCAUCUGCCCGUCUUCCUCAACAGCAGAGGACUCUCCAGCGCCAAGAAGAUGUGUGCCUCUGCGCCGGCUAACGGGGACGCCGCCAACGCUGAAGGUUGGCAUGAGGAGUUGGACAGGAAACUGUCUCAGCACAGUUUGGGAGAAUUAACCAAGUUUGGCAGCAAGACGACGCUCAACCGCAGGGACACGUACCGGCGCCGUCAGGUGCAGCGCUCGGUGACGCGUCAGAUGUCGUUCGACCUGACGAAGCUGAUGGUGACGGAGGAUUGGUUCAGUGACAUCAGCCCGCAGACAAUGAGGAGGCUGCUGAACAUCGUGUCUGUCACAGGCCGCCUUCUGCGAGCCAAUCAGAUCAGCUUUAACUGGGACCGUCUGGCGUCGUGGAUCAACCUGACGGAGCAGUGGCCCUACAGGACAUCCUGGCUCAUCCUGUACCUGGAGGAGACCGACGGAGUCCCAGACCAGGCCAUGCUCAAGACCAUCUACGAGAGAGUGUCCAAGAACAUCCCGACCACUAAAGACGUGGAGCCUCUGCUGGAGAUCGACGGAGACGUUCGCAGCUUCGAGGUCUUUCUGUCGUCAAGGACGCCCGUCCUGACGGCCAGAGACAUCCGGACCUUCCUGCCCUGCACCGUCAACCUGGACCCCAAACUGAGGGAGAUCAUAGCAGAUGUUCGUGCUGCCCGGGAGCAAAUGAAUAUGGGCGGGGUUACGUACCCGCCCCUCCCCCUGCAGGAGGCCCAGCCCCGCCCCACCUCGGUGUACUCUCAGGUGUCGUCGGCGUGCUCGCCCUCUGCCUCCUUCAGUGGACCCUUCAACCAGCCAGCAGGGGGCAUCGUCUCCCCACAGCCUCACAGCAGCUACUACAGCGGCAUGGCCGGACCACAGCACCCCUUCUACAACAGGCCAUAUUUCCCCCAUCACCUUUACCAGCUGCCACGCCCACUCAUGGCCUCCUCCUACCUAUCACAAUUUCACCUACGCCCACCACCUAAAACCUCCUUCAUUCGGGACGUCUCAGCCGGUCUGCAGUAUAAGGGUUCAUCUUUGAAAAGGAAGCAGGGUUCGGCCUCCGUGGUGUCGGGCGCUCCGGCCAUGCUCCUCAGCUCCAUGACGACAGAGGCCGUCUGUGAGCGCGUGAGGCAGAUCGACGGCAUCGACCAGAGCAUGAUGGGACAGUACAGCGCCACCAUCAGGAAGGCCAACGUUAACGGCAGAGUUUUGUCUCAGUGUAACAUUGACGAGUUGAAGAAGGAGAUGAGCAUGAACUUUGGAGACUGGCAGCUCUUCAGAGCCAUGGUUGUGGACAUGCGUCACAUCGAGAGUCAGGUCCUGCAUGAGGAAACUGCCAGCGAGCAAGGCAGCGUGGUGGGCGGUCACACCGAGGUGGGAAGGCGAGGGGUGGCUCCGCCUCACGCGGGCGCAGACAACACGGAUGCUUCACCGAUGUACAGCUUCAACCUGAGCUUCGAGGAGCUGAGCACCGUGGGACUGGACGAUCCGGCGAGACACGGAAACGUGCCGUGGAUGGGUGGCGCUCACCGAACCGCCAGCAUGACCAGCCUGAACUCGCAGGAGUCCUCCAACGACAUCGGCAAGCUGACGGACAAGCAGCAGGCCGAGUACCGCAACGCCUACCAGGAGUACAUCGCCCAGAUGGCCCAGCUUGAGAUGGGUGGUGGCAGUGGAGAGAGGCCCGUCCAACCACAGCCGGGGCAGUUCAUGACAUCAUCAUCAGAGGACAAGAGCAAAGAUGGCAGUGAUCAGGAUGGACGCAAAUCCUUCAAUAAGAGGAGCGGCGGCAAACCGGCGGCAGACAACACCGACUUCUCAGCCAACAGUGACGCUCUGGACCCCAUCACAGAGGAGGACGAGAAGGGCGACCACGGAUCCUCCAAGUCCCUGUUGACCCGCAAGACCUCGGCUGAAAGGGGUGGGCUGUUCCAGGGCGCCGCCGACCUGAAGCUGAAGGCCGGUGGCGGGCUGCGCUACCAGAAGCUGACCAGUGACGACGAGGAGUCCGAAGAGUCCGAUAAUGCUCCCCUGCUGAAAGAUGGCAAGAAGGUGGCCGACCCCAAACUUCCUGGCGGCUCACUGGCACUGAAGGGUAAAGACUACCUGUCAGACGCCAUGUUGGACAAGAAGGACUCGUCGGACUCAGGAGUGCGUUCCAACGAGAGUUCACCCAACCACUCGCUGCAGGACGAAGAGGCGGACCUGUCGCAGCUGGAGAGGGCCAACCUGAUUGAGCUGGACGAGGAGAGCCUGGCCAGGAAGCGAGGCCUUCCCAGCAGCCUCAGCGGCCUACAGGACCCAGCUGUCGCCCGCAUGUCCAUCUGCUCAGAAGACCAGUGCAGCCUGCUGGCCAGCAGCCCCGAGGAGAGCUGGCCCUCGUCCAAGAGCUACAAUCUGAACCGCACGCCGAGCAACGUGACCCUCAACAACAACACCAACGCCCAGCAGGGCAACCGCGCCCGCCCGCCUGCAGAGGGCUCCACCUCCUCCUCCAACCCUACCUCCUCCUCCUCCAGUGAUGUCAUCAUCUCCCCAAGCUCCGGGACCACCGGCACCUCCAGCACCACCAGCGCCACCCGGCCGGGGCCGAACAACGAGAACGUCCGCGUGGUCCACCUGAAGAGGGGCCUGAAACCCGGAGACCCGCCGGAGAUCUGCACCGUGUCUUCUGACACUGUCACAUUCGGCGAGGAGCGGGAGAGCAUCCUGUGACCUCCCGGUGAUCCACGAAGAUCAGGAGAGCACUGAGGGUCGAACCAGGAGCCGCCCUUCAGCCCUCUGAACCGAUCAGAACUUGUAGGUAGAUUUCUACCUGCUCGACGUACGAGCUGCUGAUCAGGUGUCGGUCAGGAGAGGCUGUGAGGAGUGAAGAGCGGCUGCUGGUGGACUCGUAGUUUAUCCUGUCGUUGAUCUGUCGGGGCUUCGGUGGUUGUUUGCUGCAUGCUCACAGCUGUAGUCGGUAGGUGCUGCAUGUUGUUGUUGUGAUGUGAUGAUCGCCGUGUCCUCGAAACAACACGAGAGCGUCACAAAUCAUUUGUCACAUCAUUAUUUAAUGUUAGUUUCAUUGGAAAAAUAAACGUCAGCUGACUCAUAUCAGGGGGUCAGAGUUCCUGAUGCAGAUCUCAGCUGAAGCUGCACCGAGAGCAAAGGGUCAAAGGUCGAGUCUUUUGGUUCCCUGCAGAGAGUGACUAAACAUUUCUGUCCCUGAAGGGAAAAUAUUGGAUUUCUUGAAAACUGUUAACAGAGAAGCCGAAAACGUUCAGGAACAGAUCGCUGACUCCGAUCUCUCUGAGCUUUUACUUUGAAAGAACUGCAGCAGGAAACCUUGACAGCUGAUCUGUAUUCAGUUUAAAGAAGGUGGAAAUGUGCGUGGCCUCCCUGUCAUACAUGAUGCAGUUCACAGGGAGCAGUUAGAUAUAAAACCAGACUCACUGGAGAUGUGCGCAGUGGCGCCCCCUUGUGGUUGAGACAGUUUUCCUCCUCUAAUACUGAGCUGCAGAGCCGCCGACAGCUGAAAAAUCUAAUAAUGAUGAGAGUGAAAUAAAGUGGAGCUUUCUGUUGGUGCUUUGAACCUGAACCUGACGUCAGAUCAGAUGUUUGAUCAGGUCUGGCUCUGACGGUUCACUGGCUCUGAAUCAGUUCUUUCACAGGUUUACAAAUGUUGAUUUUACAGGCCCAGAUUUCCCCGGCUGGGGAUAAAUAAAGUUUUAUCUUAUUGUAGGAUUUAAAUUUAUUUCACAAAGUAAAUCUCAGUCUGAAGCUUAUUCGAGGCUAAAGACUCGACAUGUGACCCGGCAGACUGUGGAGGAGAAAUAAUGAGAAACAGCAAAGUGGACGUCAGUGUCGUCGUGAAUCUCAUCACAUCAUCGGCUUUUCUGUUAGUUUGAUCGUUUUUUGACUAGAAUAGAAACAAUAUUACCUGAAUGUUAAAGUGUUGAUCAGUAUUCACUCGUGUCAGUUUUCAGUGUUCGUGUUUCUGUGUGAGACAAAACGUUGUUUUAUUUGAGUCAAACCAACAAAUCUGUGAUUCAGGCUGAGAACUGGAGGCUUUUAUUCUGAAGUUUGGGUUGAGAUGCUUUGAAUGUUUCUUCUCAGCGUGGGGAUUUUCAGCUUUUCCCUGUUUUAUGUGUUGGACUGGAGAUGCUGUUAACGAGCUUUUCUCAGUUUAGUGACGUUUGAAAAGAUUCUUUGAUGAAAUGAGAAAACAAACAGCAGAUAAAUCAGGAAGCGAAGGCGCAGGUCUGCACAGGCCUUUAUUUCCAUCUGAGGAAGCGACUUCAGUUUAGAGAAAGACGAAAACAAAAAGAAAUAAAGCAACAUUUUGACCGAUGAUUAAGGUGUCGUGUGUUUUCAGGUGAGGUGAAGCUGCAUGUUGAUGUUCUGUAGUUUGACAGUGUCGUCGUCUCAGUGCUCUCCAGCCCCGUCACUUCUCUAACUGCUCAUCUGAAGGUGAAUUUAAUCUGUUGACGACUAAAAAAUAAAAUCUGGAUGUUG